AUGGAGACCUCGACAGUAACCGCGAACAAGAAGGCUGAUGUCGCGAUGCUCCCCCUAUUUACCGCCGAUUAUUGUCUUGGCUGGGGCCUCGUCAACUGGGUGGUGACGACCUCAGCGCUUGGCCUCCGCGAUGCAUCCCCAAUAACCACGUCCGUCAUGAACAUGAUUACAGCGUUCGUUGUCAAUUUCACGAUCCCCUACAUAGCCCAUGAGCCCCCCGAUACAGAUGGCCAGUUCAUCUUCGGCGGCAUUUCCCUCCUCUCUUUCGUCUUUGCCUACGUCUUCGUUCCUGGAGGUGAAGGUAAGACUUUGGAGCAGCUGGACAUUUUAUCAAACGAAGGCGUGCCCAUUCGACGUUUCGGGAAUUGUACAUGCGAAGAAGCUGUAGAGGUCCAAGACGUCGUCAAUUGA